UUGAGGUUUCGCCUUUGACAAUGGUUACUUCCGAACUGCUAGCUUUGUUUACAAUUUUAACGUGCGAGGUUAUCUACGUGAACGCAGAUUGGUAUGAAAUCCCGCUGUUACCUGUACCUAAUGGAUAUGCGCACACAAUCUAUAUAGGAGGUCAAGAGUUUACUGUACUGGUGACCUUGCGCAAUUCUAUACUAUGGAUACCAAGCAUCAACUGCACAGGCUGUGGAAGCAGGCAUAAAUUUGACCCGUCUAAAUCGGUCUCCUUUUUGAAUGACGGAACAGAAUGGAGGCUGGAAAGCUGGCAUGGACAAGUGGAAGGUGUACUAGGCAUCGACAAUGUGCAAAGUCUCAAUGUUAGUGGAGGUUUGGAUACGAUAUCGUUACAUUGCCAGUUUGGAAUGGUCACAAAGAUGACAGUGCACGAGAAUCUGCAAGCGGACGGAAUGCUUGGACUUUGGGAUUUUUCCACUCAGGCUAGUAGACCAUUCAUCUAUCAGCUUAAAGACCUAUCGGAACCCUGGUUCGUCAUCAACCUUAGCCAAAAACCGGAAGUUGGGGCAAAAGGAUCCGUGCAAUAUGGAUGGCGACACAAGUUUGGUUGCAACCACAAGCCACUGUUGCGGUACAAUUACUUGCCAGAGGCUCCCUAUCAGUUCCAGGUGAAAAUUACCAUGGGGAGCUUUGAUCCGCAUAUGCUAUUUCUUGCAAUUCCUGAUUUGAUCCCACAUAUUACUGGCCUACCAGAACUCAUUGAUGGUAUAGCCAGUUGCGCAGGAGCCGAAUAUAUCAAUGGAAGUUACGAAUUUGACUGCAAAGACACGCAGAGUGUACCAGAUCUGAUAAUCACUUACGGACAGGUUCCUCUUCGUAUAGCAUCGGAUAAACUUAUCAAGAAGAUAAAAGACAGGUGCGUACUCGCGCUGGCAAUCAAAUCGGGCGUUGCUUUUGGUGCAGAAAUUUACCUUGGUGCUCCGCUCUUCGAACAAUAUUGCGUCAGUGUAGACUUCUCAGCCAAAAGUGUUGGAUUUGCUAAAGUGGACACCUCUACUCCUGCCACUACUAAUCCAGCAAAUUCUACUCCUACCACUACUACUUCCGCAAACGCUACUCCUACCACUAUUACUUCUGCAAACGCUACUCCUACUACUACUACUUCCGCAAACUCUACUUUUCCUACGUCGUGGAACACUAGAUUGGAACCAUCCCUACUAGCUCUACUGAUGUUACCGCUGCUUUCGCUGUUUAUCUAAUAGACUCCUCGCGCCUUAUGAUCUAUGCUACCCAUCCUACUCUCCUGCUAACCCAAAUUAUGUCCAUUGCUAUUUCUGAAACGUUUAUGUAAUCACAUUGCUUUACUGGUCUGUAAUAAGCCCGAAACUCAAUUAUUUUACGCUUACAUCACGUUUUAUAGCUGAAGAUUUUUGAAACAUUUUGGAGCCGUUUUGUGUCUACAGUGUAGAGGAGCCUUGCGCUAUUACAUCGUAGCAGUUGCAUUGGCCAAGAAAUAAGGAAAAUGUUUGAAUGGCAAUGCGCGUCGGUGGUCGUCUUGCCCUUGCAUUGCAUUUGUGAGCUAAAGA